AAUGUUUUAACUUUCUUAGGGAAGUUUUGGCUCUGAUUAAACAUUGGACAACUUUCUCACAGCUUAUGCAUGUGAAUGAAUCUGUGUAGAACUAUCAGGCCUGUUUUGUUUUUCUUUCUCCUGUCCUUUUGCUAUCUGAAAAGAAAAGAAACACAAUGUCUUCUGAUGACGAGCUGCUAGCUCUUCAACUUCAAGAAGAAGAAAUUGCUACAGCGGGUCUACAGUGCACUUUGUUUGAAGGUACUUUAGGUGCAGAAGGCCGCAAUAAUCUUGAGAUAGCAAGAAUCCUCUCACUUGAGGAAGAAAAUUUAGCAAGUGAGCAUCUUAUUAAAUUAAUCAAAAAGAAUGGUGAUCUUCCCGAUGCUGCUUUCCAAGAGCUAGUGAGCCGCUGCCAACAAGAGAUUACACAAAGCUGUGCCCAAAAACCUUGCUCAGUUUUACAACAGGAAGAAGCCAGUGCAAUAGACAUUAACAAUUCCACUUAUCAAGAAGAUAAUGAUGAUGCUACGUACCAAAUGAUAGCUAGGGUUGUCCAAAAAGAGGAAGCUGAUAGCUACAGUUAUCACAAUGCUUUGCAGCUACAGCAGCAAGAGGAGGAAGAGAUGGAGAUUGAUGCUACUUCUGACACCAUUGCAAGAAUCACUCAGCAAGACGAAAUGCAAACCUUAAGUUACCUUAGUGCCUUGCGGUUACAAGAAGAAGAAAAUGAUAGAAUGACAAAUGAUAUUUCACAGGCCAAGUUGUUCAAUAACAAUGCCGUCAGUAUUCCUAAUAGCAGCAGAACAAAGAUCAAUGACUUUUUCAUUCCAACAGAAGAAGUUGAUGAAAUAGACGCAGACUGUGAAUUAAUUGGGGCCACAGCAGCCGCACCACCUCUUCAUCAUAACACACUCAAGAAGGAUUUGAACCUUGCAACAGAUGAACAGAUGGCCAGGCUGAUUCAGGAGGAGGAAGAUGCAGAGGAACUUGCUCAAAGCAUAGAAUUGGCAUUAAAACUUCAGAUGGAGGAAGAGGCAAAGGCAAAGAGACGGGGUCGUGGUUCACAAAGAGAUCUGGCAUACAGGAACACAUUUACAGGAAUGCCUCAUCGGGGACAAAAAGAGGAGGAAAGACCCAGACACCUUACUGGCGCGAGGAGCAGGCCUCCUUUUAACUUUCAGCCAAUGAGACAAGUUUUGGCAGCCAGAAAUCAUGUCCCUGCAGAAGAUUUUUUUUAUGAGGAUAUGAAUCAAGCAGUCAUCCGAUCUUUUGGGAAUUUCAGUGAUCACAAUGAUGAUGAUCCACCAUUUCUGCUGCCACCUGGUUUAGAAGGUUUCAAUGUUGAGCCAGGCCAGAAUCUAGACAUCAUUACCAUCCCUCACAACAGCAACUAUGAGGAGCUCAUAGCAUUGAGUGAAUCUAUUGGUGAAGUCAGCUGUGGUUUGUCAGUCGCUCAAAUCAACACAUUCCCUGUCAGGAGAUGGAGGGCAGAUGUUGGCGCAACAAAAGGCGAGGGAGACAAUUGCAGCAUCUGUAUAAGCGAUUUUGAAAACAAUGAGGAGGUGCGGAGAUUGCCUUGUAAGCACGAGUUUCAUAAGAAAUGUGUGGAUCCUUGGAUAAAGGAUAAACCAAACUGUCCAACGUGCAGGGCUGACCUGAAAGAAAAGAUGAAGUCUAAAUAAUCUGGACUGAAAGAAAAGAUGAAGUCUAAAUAAUCUGGACUGAAAGAAAAGAUGAAGUCUAAAUAAUCUGGACUGAAAGAAAAGAUGCCAAACUCUGUGAUCUUUAAAAACUUUUUUUUUGGGAGGACAUAUUUAAUCAAAGUUGGUUGUAUUUAAAGCAUCUCCACCUCAAGAUGAUUCAAAUUAACACUUUGCCUCUUUGGAAAUUGAUACAGAACUAUGUUUCAAGUAGAUGUUUUGAAAUAUCAAUUUACCUUUUUUUUAUUUGUUUAAACCACUAUACACACUUAGAUUUUUUUUACAUUAAAUUUUCUCAACUUAGUCUUGUUAUGAAAAUGUACCCUAUUAUGUAGCCUACUCUGUUGACCCAUCCAGAGUGGUUUCUAUUCUAUAGAGUUUCUCUGUUGACCCAUGCAGUGAGGUCUCUAUUCUUUAGAGUUUCUCAUUUGAUCCAAUCAGUGUGGUCUCUAUUCUUAGAGUUUCUCUGUUGACCCACCCAGUGUGGUCUCUAUUCUUUAGAGUUUCUCUGUCGACCUACCCAGUGUGGUCUCUUUAGAGUUUCUCUGACGACCCACCCAGUGUGGUCUCUAUUCUUUAGAGUUUCUCUGUCGACCCACCCAGUGUGGUCUCUAUUCUAUAAGAGUUCGCUAUAGUUAGGAAUGUACAUUCUCUUGUUAUAAAAAAUGUUUUUUGAAAAUUAGUGAAACAUUUGUCCAAUUAUAUUUGUUACGUAAACUCAACUGUCUAUAAAAAAAAUUAUGAAUUGGGGGACAAUUUUUCAGCUUUUUAAGAUUUUGCCAUUUAAGUAAAAAUCUAUUCAUUUUUUUUGACAAAGAAUAACAUUAGAACUCCCUGGUGGAGUGACUCAUAUUUGGUGGGAGAGGAAUUUAACACUAACAGUUUUUGCAUGUAGUCACAAGAUGUGAAUCUUCUGUUAGUUUUAAAUGUCUCGGAACCAUGAUUUUUUAAAACUUUAUAUUGUCCAGCUUUUUUGUUUUUUUUUUAACUGGAAGGUCAUUCUGUGUUCAAUUGAGAAAUGUUAUUGUUAAAUGUUAACUAAAAUAAAACAUGACACUAUUAUAAUUUUGAGAUGUAUUUACACAAAAUGAAUCAUAGGUAACCAUUGAUCUGGCAGCAAGUCAGGUGUAACAGAAACUUGUUUUAAAACAUAACAAUGACAGUAGAUAAAUAAGUUUAUAUCUUCAGCGAUGCUCGUGAUACCGGGAACAAAUGCUGACAUUUCACAAAAGUCUCAUUCAAGUAAAUAGUAUAAAAAUUUCAUAGUUUUGGUUGGGGACUUUGUUAUGGUCUUGAAAGAAAUUUCCAGUUGCUUGUUAUCGUCUAAAUAUAUUGAAUGAAUAUUGAUGAUGUCCUAAUAAAAUAAUAAGACUUUAAUGACCUCCCACGAUUCACUUGAUUUGUAUAGAACAAAAGAAUUAAAACUAUAAAAACUA